AGAUUGCGAGAUUUUUGGAAACAUCCGGGUAUUUCUCUUCUAAAGGUGGCGUCCAUAUAGGUCUCCGUCUACGGACUCAAGAUGGGUCGUCGACCAGCUAGGUGUUACCGGUACUGCAAAAAUAAACCGUACCCAAAGUCCAGGUUCUGCAGAGGUGUUCCAGACUCAAAGAUCCGUAUCUUUGAUUUGGGACGCAAGAAGGCUGAUGUGAAUGAUUUCCCAAUGUGUAUUCACUUGGUGUCCAAUGAGUAUGAACAGCUGUCAGCUGAAGCACUAGAGGCAGGCCGAAUUUGCGCUAACAAAUACUUGGUGAAGUUUUGUGGCAAGGAUUGCUUCCAUAUUCGUAUGAGGGUUCACCCAUUUCAUGUUGUGCGCAUUAACAAAAUGUUAUCAUGUGCUGGAGCUGAUAGGCUCCAGACUGGAAUGCGCGGCGCUUUUGGCAAGCCACUAGGUUUGGUUGCACGUGUCAACAUUGGGCAGCCAAUUAUGUCUGUGCGUGUGAAGGAGCAACACAAGGCUCAGGUCAUAGAAGCUCUGAGAAGAGCUAAAUUCAAGUAUCCAGGCUGCCAGAAAAUCUAUCUUUCAAAGAAGUGGGGCUUCACCAAAUGGGAUGCUGAAGACUACAAGCAGAUGCGGGAUGACGGUCGUGUUGCUUCGGAUGGUGUUGUUGCGAAAUAUUUCAGUGAUCAUGGUCCAUUAGCAGCAUGGAAACAUAGAACAGCAGCAGCAGCCAAGUAACUGUACUGAAAAUGGUUAUGGCGGACAUGGUUUAAUAAAUCAAGUGAAGUGAACGAGAUACGUUUGUACAAA